AGCAGUAGCAGCAACCCAGCAACCCAUCUGUCUGGCGGCAAGUCGAGCAGGAUGCUUCUUUUAUAAGGUCGCACAUCGCCGCAGUUCGUAGGCUUUGUCCUUCUUCGUCAAUUAUUACUCACCUGAAGAUGGUCAUGGCCAAACCAGAUGUCCUCCUCAUCGGUGAGGUAACGCAUGCUCGGAAAGAAUACAACCAGCUCUCCGAGUAUGCAAACUUGAUCCAACGCACCAGCGACAAGAAUGACCGGGCACAAUUCAUGGCGGACUGCAAGACCAAGUAUCGCAAUGUGGUUGCCAUCUACAGGCUCAACAAUACAGACUAUACUGGCAGGUUUGACGAGGAGCUGUGUAAUGCCCUGCCUCCAUCGCUCAAAUUCAUCUGCCACAAUGGUGCUGGUUAUGAUAAUAUCGAUCCUCCGGCGCUCAAGGCGCGUGGCAUUGUCUUCAGCAACACGCCCGGUGCGGUGGAUGCACCUACGGCGGAUGUUGCCUUCUUCAUGAUGCUUGGUUGCUUCCGCAACUUUUACAAGGCCAUGCUUCACACGCGGCGCGGUGAAUGGCGUGGUGAUACGGGACUUGCGCAUGAUCCUGAGCACAAGGUUCUCGGUAUCCUUGGUAUGGGCGGCAUUGGUCGGGCUUUGGCCAAGCGUGCUGCUGCAUUUGACAUGGACAUCAUCUAUCACAACCGGAAUAAGCUUCCAAAGGAAGAAGAAGCAGGUGCUCGCUGGGUAUCAUUUGACGAGCUGCUAGCGACUGCAGAUUGUCUGUCCCUCAACUUGCCCCUCAACAAGCAUACCCGCCACAUCAUCUCACAUGAGGAGAUUGGCAAGUGCAAAAAGGGCGUCAUCAUCAUCAACACGGCACGCGGACCUGUUCUUGACGAGCAGGCACUGGUCGAUGGUCUAGCAUCUGGUCAAGUGGGCAAUGCUGGUCUCGAUGUAUUUGAGAAUGAGCCAGAGAUUCACCCGGAGCUCCUCAAGAAUGACAAGGUCUUUUUGCUGCCACACAUUGGUACAGGUACAAUUGAGUCGCAGUACAACAUGGAGAUGGUGGUCAUCAACAACAUCAAAUCAGCUCUGACGCGUGGCGUGCUGGAAACGCCCAUUGCAGAGCUCAAGGAGAUUGCAAAUGCGCACAAGACUGUUUAGUGACUGUUUAGCCAUAGCCAACACGAAUGACCUCAUAUCUCCUGUC